UUUUCUUUAUAAGCAUCUAUAUCAAAAGAGUGUUCUUUUCCUUAUCAAAGGCUGGUCUGCUUUAUCCUGACCAGCAGAUUACUGGAUUCAGUAAAAGCCUUUCCUGUUUCUCUACACCUCACUGCAGCCUUUGAAAUAAAGAUCUUAUCUAAAAAGACCUGGGAUGUGAAACACUUUGAAUUGGAUUGCAAGGAGUGUCUGUGUGUGUGCAGUGCUGGGAGAUUCAUUGUCUGCAUAAUACUGAGAGGGGCUUUUCUUCCCUGGAAAACCCAGCUUUACUAUACUGAUGGUUUUUAACGACUGGUUUUCUUAAUUACAGGUAACUUGUUUUUCCUUAUGAUAAAGCUGGCAUUUGGCUAAUGAGCAAGGUGGUCAGGUCAUCGUGUGAAUCAGAGGUGCAAAUCUGGGAAACAGAAGAGGAUGACAUGACAGAAGGAGACUUAGGAUAUGGCCUUGGACGAAGACCUGGUGAUUCUAAUUCAGAAUUGUCAAAUGUAGAAUUAAGGCAACGUCUUCAUGAAACUUUAGAGGAGGUAGAAGUUUUAAAAACUGAGCUUGAGGCAUGUCAAAGACAACUUGAAGGUAAAGAAGAAGCAUUGAAAAUUCUUCAAAGCUUGGCAGUACUUGGUAAAGCAACAGGUCAUACCCAGGCUGUGCUUCAAAAAACUGUGGAACAAAAGAGAUCCUUGGAGAAGGAAAUAAAUGCCUUGCAGUGGGAAAUAGAAUUUGACCAGAAUAGAUUUAAAAAUAUAGAGGAAUCUUGGACCCAAAAGUGUGACAGGCUAAACUGUGAAAAUGCAGUCCUCAAAGAAACUUUGAAACUGAAAACAGAAGAAAUUAAAAUGCUAAAGUCUGAAAAUGCAAUUUUGAAUCAGCAGUACUUGGAGACCCUUGCAAUGCUUGAUAUUAAACAGCAGAAGAUGGCUCAGGAAAACAUGUGCCAUAGUAAAAGCAGCUGCUUUACAGAGGUUUCAGCUCUAGAGCUUGCAGUCCUUGGAGCCUGCCUUUGUCAUGGUCCUGGAGGGAGCCCCUGUUCCUGCGCCAAAAUGGCAGCGUCUGCUCGCAAACUGCUUCUUCAGCUCAAACAAGAGUUGGAACUUUUACAGAAGAGUAAAGAAGAAGCUUACAUAAUGGCAGACGCAUUCAGAAUUGCAUUUGAGCAACAAUUAAUGAGGAAAAAUGACCAGGCACUAAGAUUGACACAAAUGGAUAAAAUGUGUAAAAAAGCAACAAAACAGAUAAAUUGGAAGCACCUUAAAGAGGAUGGCUUUCUAUCACAAAGGAGUAAGAAGACCUUAGGGCAGAAACUGCUGGGUAUGCUCCCUUCAGAAAACAGUUCGAAGAAGACUGAAGACCAGGAUAAUCCUCAAGAAGUCUUUAAGAUGCUAAUAGAUUUGUUGAAUGAUAAAGAAGAAGCUUUGGCCCAUCAAAGAAAAGUUAGUUACAUGCUUGCUCGGGCAUUGGAAGACAAAGACACUGCCUCAAAACAGAAUAAAGAAAAAAAUGCUAUGAAAGAGACCUUUCCAUUCAAAAAGCCCUGGCAUAAAACUUCAGAACUGUCUGCUGUGCAUGAUCCGAUAUGCUCAAAUGUCCAAAUGUUUAAUUCCAUGGGCUGCAUUUGUUCAGCCCAGCACCCUCAAACAGAUCAAAACUACACAAGAACUCUUAAAAAGUCCCGUUCUUUGCCAUCAGAUAUCAUAUUUUGAAUGUCGCUACACCUUGAGAAGUUGUAUGUUUUCCAGGUAUUUCUGAAUUUUAGGAGGCAGCUUAAAUAAUCAGAUGUUAUGGGAACAUAUUUUACAAGAAAUUUAUUAGUGUUCUGUGUUUUUUUUUAAUUUGUUACAUCAAUAUAUUUUAUGACUUUUUCAGUUUGCAGAAAUCUUAAAAACAAAACAAAAAAUAAUUUGUAGGAAAAAACUAAAAAACUAAUUGUUUAACUAUUUAGGUAGACUGUAUAAGGUUGCUCUGAGUCGGAAUUGACUCGAUGGCAAUGGGUUUGGUUUGGUUUAUAAGGAUAUAGGAAUAUAAAUUGGCUAAAGCAACAAUAUACCAAGGUAAAUUAUUGAUCUUAAGAAGUAACAAUGCUUAGGAGUGACUGAUGUUAAUUUUCAAAAUACACUUAUCUUGAUUUAUUUGCCUUUUUCAGGAUUUUUUUAUUUGCAAUGUACAGUAAUAACAAUUUCCUUAACCUCAAUAAAAAAAAUUAUGAUGAUGGGACUUUGAUAAAAGUAUAUUCAGAGUCAUUGCUGGUUACCUCCAUAGCCUUCUUUUUUUGUCAGAAUGGUGACAUUUUGUAACUAGGUCUGCACAGAAUUCUGGCAAUCAGACCAUUUUGAAUUAAUUUUUUGGUUUUGAUGCUGAAUUUUAGGCCAUUUAGUUUUAUUUUCUCUACAGAUGUUACAUGGUGUUAUAGAUUAAAUUGUGU